UGCUUAUUCAAGCUACGACAGCUCUAGAUCUGUAACAGACGCCAUAUGUUCUCUUCUCCUGCCAGACUUCGGCAUCCUGGAACGGAAAAGCGGUUGGAAACCGAGUAAACUGGUAGAAGCCGAAAAGUACGAGGUCAACGUUGCUGGUUGGCACCAAACCACAUUUGUUCACCGACAUGUCGCUGGAAUGCGUUCCCCUCCGCUCAAGGGCCUAUCUCGGACUCUGGGGCGACAACUCUGUUCGAUGUCUGUGUCUUCGCCGUGGCUGGGGUCACUGGUUGGUACUUAUCUAUGGCGAGGCGCACACUAACCGGCGCUAGCGCUAUAUGAAAUCCUGGCGAUUCAUCGAAUCCUGGUCUGUCUUUACCUACAACCCCCUACCACGACGCCGUGAGUAGUUGGCCAUAGUACGGGGCAGGGGGUGAUAGAGCAGAGAGCAUCCGACCUCGCCACCAUGGAGGCACCCCAGUGGAAGACCUCGAUCGCCCAUACGCUCAGCAAAUCUCCCAGCGUGGCGAACAGGAUGCUGCAGCUCUCCUCCUUAGAUGCCUCGGACCCCAGCAGGCCGUACAUUCGCUCUUUCUUCUUCCAUUCCUUCGUCUCUGCCGCAACUUAUCCCUCGCACCCUGUCUUGGUCGCUCCAGUCGACAUGCGGACCCCGAAGCUCGCACAUCUGCUGGCGCACCCCAGAAUUCGACUCAGCUGGCACCUCCCCGAUGCAGGAGAGCAGUAUCAUAUCGCCGGGACAGUUGCAAUCCUUCCCACACCCCAAGACACGCUAUAUCCGCACUAUGCGUUCGCUAUACGUCGACCCGAGGCGAACAGUGGUCUGCGGGCGCUGGCCGACGAAGAAUUUGACUGGGAAAAGCUCAGAGAGGAGGUCUACCACAGCCUGGACGCAAGGCAGCGGAAGUCCUUCGCCUCUCGUCGCCUCCCUGGCUCGUCGAUCCCCGCGGAGGAGGCGAGCAGUUUGGAGGAUAGCUCGGAGGUUGAAGAACACGCUGCGCAGUCUAACAUGGGCUUGGUGGUCAUUGACCCCGCUGAGGUCGAGGUCCUGGAGAUGGAGGAAUGGCCUUCGACUCGGAGAACGCGGUUCUGGAGGUCUAGGGAUGGUUCUUGGGAGAGUGAGCUGCUCGUUUGACGGACGGACAUAAUACUUGCGUGAACUUUGCACGGACUCAUUGCGAUACUUGUACUGCACUUGCGCUGUACUGCCGGGUUGCUGCGAUCAUAGAACUAGACAUACGCGCCCGCACCAGUUGGCAGUUUGACUGUAAAGGCUGUCCCUGUACAAUACAGUCAUCGCACGUGGCAUAGACAGCGCAGCGCGUCGCCACCGAGCCGGACGAUGGCGG